GUUGGACCUGUUUUAAUUGCGGUUUUUGAUGUGAUGCAACCGUGCCUACGGCAGGAACAUCCGAGACGCGCCAUUCGAUAGCUUUUCCCUCCCCCCCUCCUGCGCCACGCCUCUUCCCGUUGGUUACGUAUGCGACCGGGAUUCAAUCCCGUUCCGUAAACUGUUUGCCGCUGUCCAUUUACUUUUUAAAUGCCGAUUCCCGCUCCUCUCAAGUCCAUUUGCUCUCAUCAUCAAUCAUCAUAAGCUUCUACUCUACUCUACUCUACUUCUUACUUAACUCUUCAGACAUCAUCACUUUUUAAUCAAGUCUUUACUUGGUUCCGUCUGACAAGUCUGCAAUCAUCACAAUCAGCUUUGCUCAUCUCAACCUUGAGGGGACAGUCCACUUUUUUUUUCUCAUUGUCCCAUCUUACAUCCGUGCUGUUCCCCGCUGAACACCGGUCGCCUCUACUUAACCCCUCCUCGCAAUUUGCACUUUGCAAAAUAAUCACAAAAAAUCACACAUCUUCAGCAGUCACAAUGAACGGUCCUCUCCAAUUACCCGUUGUCAUUCCUCAGCAGCGCCCUGGCGCUCAGGAGCGUGGCUUCAUGGCCGCCUAUGCCCCGUCUCUGGAGGCUGUUGGCAUUGACCGCAAGACCUUCCUGCAUUUUAUUGACGAGUGCAACACCGCCAUGCAGGGAAACAAGUACCUUGCCGGUGUCCAGGUCGUCUCUUUCGGUGUUGGUUUCACUCCCGAAAUCAUCGUUAUGGGUGUUUCCACGGCAGUCCAGCUCGGUGCGCACAUGGCCAACAAGGGCUUCGUCAAGCACAAGACAAACAGCAUGCUCGACAAGUACAACGAAGAGCUCUUUGGGCCCCGCGGUCUCUACUGCAUGAUCAUGAAGUACGACCCCAACAUGCCCGACCCUGACGACCCCAAGAAGGAGAAGAAGUCCAACGGCUUCGGUGGCAUGGGCCAAAAGUCGUGGAUGCGCGACCCCGUCUCUGGCAAGGUUGAGGGCCAGCAUGGUCUUCCCUCUGCCGUUGCUCCUCUUGUCUACCUCGAAGGCCGCGAGGAUCACAAGCAGUUCCUCGCUACCGGCUCUUCCACCCGCUCUCCCGAACAGGAGCAGCCCCAGAACAUGAAGGGCAAGGCUAAGAAGGCCUUUGACAACUUCAACGACUACCUCGAUCGCCGCGCCCGCGCCAAGUACGCCGCCGAGAACCAGGGCGACAUCCUCAGCACACCCGUCUCCAAGCCCUUCAGCAACCGCUUCCUCGACCCCAACAGCACCACCAACAACGGCGGCUUCCUUGGUUUCAUCACUGGUGGCGCCAUGGCCCAGGACCCCGAGACCCGCAGAAUGAAGAAGCACGCGCGCAUUGACGAGGAGGCCAAGCGCGUCCAGGACGAGUACAACGAUCGCCGCGACCAGAUCCUCAACCAGAACCAGAGCCAGCGCGAAAUCGAGCGCCAGCUUAAGCGCCUCGACGAGGACUACCAGCCCCGUCUUGCUGUCUUCCGUGACCAGCACAAGGAUGUUGAGAAGGACCAGCGUGGUGUCAAGGACGUUCUCUACCUCACCAUUGUCAACAAGCCUACCGAUGCUGAGAUUGCUGCUGCCACCGCCAAGAUGGACCAGGCUGCUCAGUAUGGUCAGCCCGCCUACGUCCAGUCCCAGGUUGGUCGCACAUCUCCUGGCGGCACUGAUCACUUCAUGCCUCCUCCUGACUACAAGGGCCAGCCUCAGUAUGGCCAGCAGCCUCAGUAUGGUCAGUCUCAGUACACCCAUGCUCCUCAGGGCCAGCCUCAGUACGGUCAACAGCCCCGGUAUGGCCAACCUCAAUAUAGUCAGCCCCAAUAUGGCCAGCCCCAGUACGGUCAGCCUCAGUACCAGCAGCAGACACCAUAUGGCGGCCAGCAAUCCUACGACCAGCCUCCCAUGUACUCUCCAGGACAGCAUGGCCAGCAAUAUGGCGGCUAUGACAAGCCCAGAAUGACCAAGGCUGGUUACUAAGCUACACGGAUGACUGUUUCAUGGAUUUUCGUAUUUUUCUUCUGUUUCUUGAUUUUAUAGACUUUUUAGAUAAUGGCGGAGCGAUUGGUCUUUUUUGUAUUAUGGAGUUUAGGAAGCAUUAUGACAUUGGCGUUGGAUUUACCAAUUAAUAGACAUGAUACCAAA